CAAGGCACCUGAAGCUGCAGAGAAGUUCGAUUUAUAGAUACAUUUGCAGGUUUUACCCCAUUAAUGACUGCUAACUAUAUAAUAUACAGUCAAACGAAGUCUACGCGCUGAUUUAAUCGUCGCCUAUGACCUGGCUCGUGCUAAUCAAGGCUGAUCAGCUGUCACGUGCGCGGUCAGCUGACGGUGACUCCUCAUAACUGGCGGAGCAGAGCAACGGCCGCAUUGCAGCGCGCGCCGUUCACCCGCACACACCGACGCAGAAACAAGGACCGACGAGCCAGGAAACAGCGCAGUCAUGCUGCUUUUAACUCUGCUUUUCAUCUCCUCAGCUGUAGCUACUCCUCUUCUGGGGACCGAACAGUGUGCGCGUGGCCCCCCCUACUGGUGUGAAAAUGUAAAGACGGCCUCCCUGUGUGGAGCUGUGGCUCACUGUCAACAGAAUGUGUGGAACAAGCCUCAAAUGAAGUCUGUGCCGUGCGACAUGUGCAAAGAGGUGCUGAUGGUGGUGGAGCAACUGCUGAAGGACAACGCCACGGAGGCAGAUAUUUUGAAAUACCUGGAGAAGGCCUGUCAGCUCAUCCCGGAUCAGGGUUUGACGGAGCAGUGCAAGGAGAUGGUGGAUAGCUACUACCCUGUCCUGAUCGGGAUUAUCACAGGGGAACUGGAGGAUGCUGGUGUGGUGUGUGCAGCUAUGGGGCUGUGCAAGUCUCAGCAGGCUUCACUGGCCAAGCUUCAAGUCAAGGAGCAGCUCACAUCUAACGACAUCCCUCAGGUUGAUCUGUCUCAUCAAGCGGCUCCCUUCCUCCUCAACAUUCCCGGGCUGCUGUACCCGCAGAACCUGAAGGAAAAGCAGGAGGUUCCUCAGCAGGGAGGUGAUGAAGUGUGCCAGGACUGCAUCAAGUUCCUGACUGAUGCUCAAGCGGAAGCGAAGGCCAACUCCUCCUUUAUCAACUCUCUCAUCCAGAACAUUGAGGGUCAGUGUGACCUGCUGGGGCCAGGCUUGUCUGAUAUGUGCAAGCAGUACGUGGGACAGUAUGGCCCAGUCGUGGUUCAGCAGCUCAUGUCUAUGGAAAAGCAACCCAAACAGAUCUGUGCCAUGGCCGGGUUCUGCUCUGAAGUGAAGAAGUCCGUUCCCAUGAUGACCCUUCAGGCUGCAAAGACGAUCCCCGCUGCUAAAAGCAUCCCCGCCCUCGAGCUUUUCCCUGCCACCAAGGUGGAGGCUGCUGCUGCAAAGAGGCUGGUUCGCGUGAAGGAGUCUCCACAGUGCGCCAUCUGUGAGUUUGUGAUGAAGCAGGUGGAGGCCAUGCUAACGGAUGAGACCACAGAGGAGGAGGUGAUCCAGGCGGUGCAGAAGGUCUGCUACCUGGUGCCCUCGUCCCUCACCGCCCAGUGCAAAGACUUGAUCGAGACGUACGGAGAGGCCAUCAUCGAGCUGCUGGUGCAGGAGGUGGACCCCAAGACCGUCUGCACAAUGCUGGCUCUGUGCAACGACGCCAGCCGCGCCUACGUGGUUGCCCUGGAUCAGCCCCGCUUUAAGACCGGCGGCUACUGCGAGGUGUGCAAAAUGGCCGUCGGUUACAUCGAUGGAAUUCUGGAGAAAAAUGCCACGGAGGCAGAGAUCGAGGAGGCCGUGAAGAAGGUCUGCAGCUUCCUGCCUGAUGCCUACAAGACUGAGUGUGACCAGUUGGUCGAACAGUACGAGCCGGUUCUGGUCCAGCUCCUGCUCCAGAUGCUUGACCCAGACUUUGUGUGCACGAAAGUGGGGGCUUGUCCCGAGGCUGAACGGAAGCUGCUGGGAAGAGAACAGUGCACCUGGGGACCUGGGUUCUGGUGCAAGAACAUGGAAACGGCAAAUAUGUGCAAUGCCGUGGCUCACUGCAGACGCCAUGUGUGGGUAUAGAGACCCGCCCCCCCCCCCCCAGAGGGACCUGCUGCAGGGCUGCUUCCACCUGCUAAUCUGUUCAAUCGACUCCAAUAACUGCAGCUGUCUGUGGAUUAAAUUUAAAACUUUGAAUGUGAUUGUAGAAAGGGACUGGACUCUUUAUUAAUGUGGGGUGGGGGGGUGAAAGGGGGAGGAGUUUGUAGGCCUUAACUGUGGUCUGCCUCGGUAAAGUUCAGGGUUGGAAAAGUUUUUUUUUUUUUUUUUUUGCUUUAGUGAACAGUUUUUGUUCCAGUUUUUACCUGCAGUGAUCCUCACCUCCAAAAACCAGACGGACUGUCUGGUCAUGUGACCUAACAGACGCUGCCGUGUGCUGAUUGGCCAUUACCUUCAUCUGUCGGUGUGAUUCGUAACAGAUUCUUGUUUUUGAUUUUUAAUUUUUUGUUUUCACUCUUCCUGCUGUUUUUGUAAAUCCAUGUUCAUGAAGCUUAAAGGAUCUCAAAUUUAAACAUCUGGUCUAAACUGUCGGUUGGUUCGUGAACUGAAACGAAAGUUUAACAACGUUCUCUGCAAACUCAUGAAAUAAAACUUGUCUUGUGAAAA